UCGGCGCCGGAAGGCCGCGGCCAAGGCCCUGGGGGCCAGAGCAAGAGCGGGACUCAGCCUCGGUCGCCGCGCCGCGCGCUCUCCGCUCUUCGGCUCCGUCCACUCCUGCCGAGUCUGCCGCCGCCGCUGCCGCCGCCAUGGCCCAAGCCGAUAUCGCACUGAUUGGACUGGCUGUCAUGGGCCAGAACUUAAUUUUGAACAUGAAUGACCACGGCUUUGUGGUUUGUGCUUUCAAUAGGACAGUCUCCAAAGUUGAUGAUUUCUUGGCCAAUGAGGCAAAGGGAACCAAAGUGGUCGGUGCUCACUCCUUGGAGGAGAUGGUCUCGAAGCUGAAGAAGCCGAGGCGGGUCAUACUGCUGGUGAAGGCCGGCCAAGCUGUGGACGAUUUCAUCGACAAACUGGUACCAUUGUUGGACACUGGUGACAUCAUCAUUGAUGGAGGAAAUUCUGAAUACAGGGACACAACAAGACGAUGUCGCGACCUCAAGGCCAAGGGAAUCUUGUUUGUGGGGAGCGGAGUCAGUGGUGGAGAGGAGGGGGCCCGGUAUGGCCCCUCACUUAUGCCAGGAGGGGACAAGGAAGCCUGGCCCCACAUCAAGACAAUCUUCCAAGGCAUCGCCGCAAAAGUAGGAACGGGGGAACCCUGCUGUGACUGGGUGGGAGACGAAGGAGCCGGCCACUUUGUCAAGAUGGUGCACAACGGGAUCGAGUACGGGGACAUGCAGCUCAUCUGUGAGGCCUACCACCUGAUGAAGGAUGUGCUGGCCAUGGAGCACGACGAGAUGGCAAAGGUGUUUGAGGAAUGGAAUAAGACAGAGCUCGACUCCUUCCUCAUCGAGAUCACGGCCAACAUCCUCAAGUUCCGAGAUGCUGACGGCGGACACCUGCUGCCGAAGAUCAGGGACAGCGCGGGCCAGAAGGGCACGGGCAAGUGGACGGCCAUCUCGGCCCUGGAGUACGGCGUUCCCGUCACCCUCAUCGGAGAAGCGGUUUUUGCUCGAUGCUUGUCAUCUCUGAAGGACGAGAGGAUUCAAGCCAGCAAAAAGCUGACGGGUCCCCAGAAGAUCCAGUUUGAAGGUGAUAAGAAAGCGUUCCUGGAGGAUAUUCGGAAGGCCCUCUACGCUUCCAAGAUCAUCUCAUACGCGCAAGGCUUUAUGCUGCUGAGACAGGCGGCCACGGAAUUCGGCUGGACCCUCAACUACGGCGGCAUCGCCCUGAUGUGGAGAGGGGGCUGCAUCAUCAGGAGCGUGUUCCUAGGAAAGAUAAAGGAUGCAUUUGACCGGAACCCACAACUUCAGAAUCUCCUGCUCGAUGACUUCUUUAAGUCCGCUGUCGAGAACUGCCAGGGUGCGUGGCGGCGGGCAGUGAGCACCGGGGUCCAGGUGGGCAUCCCGAUGCCUUGCUUCACCACCGCCCUGUCCUUCUACGACGGGUACAGACACGACGUGCUGCCGGCCAACCUCCUCCAGGCUCAGCGGGAUUACUUCGGGGCUCACACUUACGAACUCUUAGCCAAACCCGGACAGUUUAUCCACACUAACUGGACAGGCCACGGGGGCAGCGUGUCGUCCUCUUCAUACAAUGCCUGAUCAGACCAGUCACCUGCCACGGUUCCCGGGACGGGGGGAGACAUUCCAGGGGCUGCCCGACGCUGCUCACCCAGCCCUCCGCCCCGCUCUCUGCUCAGACCUUUUCUAAGAUAGUCUCCUAAGGGACUCCUGACAAGGUCACGUGAGUGUCCAUGUGAAGUGGCCCUGGGAGAAGCACGGUGCCCUCUGCCCUGGCGUCCUGGGGCCGAACAGGAGGCCAGCCUGUACGUGCCCGUGUGCCCCGGCCCCACGUGACUGAGUGCCCUGCUCAAGGCACGCAUGGGGGGGGGACAUCGCUCAGACUGGAACGUUUGCGUCACGUGGUAGGUUUCCCGCUUUUCUCCACAUAAUAAAAGGUAGAUCCU